AUGUGCAUGGAGUGGGUGAACAAUGAAGAGUGCAAGAAAGACUUUCUUCCCAUCCGCAUUGGCUGUACGGAAGGACCUGCUUGGGUUGCCGAAGGAGACUUCACCGAGUCCGCGGACCAGUUUGGUGCGUUCUUUAUUUCCUUGAUCAAGCUCACGAAUCGUCCAGGUAUGAAACCGUACGAGGAAUCCGUUCCUCCUCUUUACCAACAGUUUUGUUUCAAGCCUGUCGUGGCCCGCAUUGGCAAGGGAUACGCGGAAGCUUCCUACACCGAAAAAACCGCCAGCGAGUGGCUACACCUUUGUCGUCCCGUCAUUGAAGGAGUAAGCAACAAGUGGCCACCUACUGAAAAGGUGCAGAUGAUGAUGAAUGAAGGAACGAUUGGAUAA